UUAAUUGAACUGUCAAACUCGUUCGUAUUUUUGGUUGGUCUUUAAAAGUUUAAUAUAUUAUCCUAAUAAACUUAUCGAACACGAAAUUCUUAACUUUAUACCUUCAUUUUUACUCUGACGCGUAAAAACCGUCUAAAGGAUGCGACGUGAAGUAAGAAUUUUGCUUGUUGGGGACGACGGCGUUGGAAAGAGCACAUUGAUAACGUCUCUUAUUAGGGAAACUUUUGUCUCUGAGCUCCAACACGUCGUACCUGAAGUUACCAUUCCACCUGAAGUUACUCCUGAAAAUGUAACAACACAUAUUGUAGAUUCAUCUGCUCGAUCAGACAAUCGUGAACAAUUGAAAACAGAAAUUAAAAAGGCAAAUGUAAUAUGCAUCGUUUAUGCGAUAGAUAACCCACAUACAUUUAAUCGCCUGGCAUCAUUCUGGUUACCUUUUAUAAGAAGUCUCGGUGUGAAUGUUCCAAUUGUAUUAGUAGGAAAUAAAAUCGACCUUCGAGGUGAUCAAAUUACCAACCAGUCAUUAGAAGAUGAAAUAAUACCCAUCAUGAAUGACUUCAAGGAAGUAGAAACAUGUGUAGAAUGUUCGGCAAAGCAACCAUUGAAUGUUUCAGAAGUUUUUUAUUUUGCACAAAAGGCUGUAUUACAUCCAACUGCGCCUUUGUAUGAUUCUCGGGAACAUGUAUUAAAACCAGCUUGUAUUGAAGCUCUCAAAAGGAUCUUUAAUUUAUGUGAUCGUGACAAGGAUGGAGUGCUUAAUGAUGAUGAGUUGAAUGAAUUUCAGCGAAAAUGUUUCAAUGCACCAUUACAACAACAAGAACUUGAAGGAGUUAAAGAAGUUGUGAAAGAACAUGAACCAGCUGGUGUUGAUGAUGUAGGAUUAACAGAACUAGGUUUUUUAUUUCUUCAUACUCUCUUUAUACAACGUGGACGGCUUGAAACUACAUGGACUGUUUUAAGGAAAUUCGGUUAUGGUGAUGAUCUGUCAUUAAGGGAGGAUUUUCUUUAUCCUUCGUUUGAGGUUCCACAUGAUUGUUCAGUUGAAUUAAGCCCUUUAGGGUAUGAAUUCUUUACGGAAAUAUUUCAAGUUUUUGACAAAGAUAAGGAUGGUGCUUUGAAGGAAAGUGAAUUAGCUCAAUUGUUUAGUACUUCACCUGGAGAUCCAUGGGCAAAUUCAGAUUUUCCCCACACUACAAUUACGAACGACGCAGGAGCUGUUACUUUACAAGGAUGGUUGGCACAAUGGAGUAUGACAACACUUCUUGAUUAUAAGACGACGUUAUCAUAUCUAGCUUAUUUGGGAUUUGAGGAUGAUACACGAAUGGCUUUAAAAGUUACAAGACCAAGGAAAGCUGACAGGAAACGAAAUAAAGUGCAACGUAAUGUUUUUUUAGCAUAUGUAUUUGGUGCAGCCGGUUCUGGUAAGACUUCCUUAUUAAAAGCUUUCGUUAAUAAGCCAUAUACAAAUGGUUAUACACCUACUACAAGACCAUUCUGUGCGGUGAACUCUGUUGAGAUUAAAGGCGCGGAAAAAUAUUUAGUGUUACAAGAGUUUGGUUCUAAAUAUGAGGCAGAAAUACUUCAGAAUAAACGUAAAAUGGAAGCUUGUGAUUUGCUAUGUUUUGUAUUUGAUUCUAGUGAUGUAAACUCGUUCUCAUAUAUUGUAGAACUUCGGAAGCGACACAAUUUAGAUAAUUAUCCUACGGUAUUUGUUGCUACAAAGAGCGAUUCCGAUUUAGUUCAACAGCGUAAUGAAGUCCAGCCUGAUGUAUAUUGCCAUGACCUCGGUUUAUCUGGUCCUGUUAGCGUUUCCGUAAAGAAUCAUCAAACAGCAGACUUGUGGAACCAUUUAGUAGGAGUAGCAAUUAAUCCAGUUCCUGCUACACCAGGGCUUGCAGGUUCAGCACACGAAUCUUCUAAGGUUAAGAAAUAUUUGACUUUUACAGCAGUUAUGGGAGCAUUAGGAGGAGCUGCCUUUUUAGGGUAUAGGUUAUACCAACAGCAACGGGGAUUUGGGAAUAUAUCAAAGCGGGAUAUACUAUAGAUUUAUUUUUUUUCCUUUUUUAUUGUAUAAAAUGGCCUAUAAAAUAAGCAUGAAUUUACAACAAAAAGUAGAUAAUCUUGUUUUAUUAUCAUUUAUAUCAAACUUGAACUUUUUUUAGUUCCUGCUAUUAUUAGAUAUUAGUAAAGUACAUUAAAAAAAAUAUAAAAAUUAAAAUCUCAAACAGACUAAUUUCGCAGAAAUUGAUUUUGUGUAACCUAUGGGGAUGAUCAGAUGACGCGGAGCUG